AUGCCAUCGAAUACUCAGAAGUCUAAAGUCCUCGUGAUUGGGGCAAACGGAUACCUCGGAACUGCUAUUGGACGCACAUUUGUGCGGGCUGGUUGGCAAACUUAUGGUCUAGUCCGAAACCCCGAAGCUGCCCAAGCCCUAUCGCUAGAAGAGAUCAUUCCAAUAGUGCGUGACCUCAAAGAUCCAUCGGUGGAUAAGAUAUUGAGCUCGGAAGCGGGUUAUUUUGAUGUGGCUGUUGUCACGGUCGAAGACCUUGCCAAUUAUACGGGUUUUGUCGAGUCCAUAAUUGAUCUUCUCCGUUCCCUUGCGCAGGCCAAUGCCGCCAAUGGCUCCAAGCUUUUUGUUCUUUUCUCUUCCGGUACAAAAGAUUGGGGCCAGACUGGUCUCGCCAACGCGCCGGGACUGAAGCCUCUCGACGAAGAAUCACCACGCCAGCCACCAGCCUUUCUCAAGGAGAGAUCCGAAGUCAGCUGCCGCAUUUUUGACCAAGGCGAUGCAUUCGAUGCUGCCCUUGUGACGCCAGUUAACCUCUAUGGUCUCAGCGCCAGUUCUACUGGAUACUUCUUCCGCAUGGCCGAAAAGGCUCAAAAGUCGGGAAGUGUCCUCCAGUUGCGAGCUCAUCCUAAAACCAUUUUGCAAUUCAUACACGUGGACGAUUGCGCCCAGGCAUACCUGGCCCUUGUAGACCCCAAGAACGCAUACCUGGCCCUUGCAGACCCCAAGAACCGUAAAAAUGUCGAAGGUCGUUUUAUCGCCGUGGCAGGAUCGCACUAUGAGACACUAGAGGAGAUUGCAGAAGCGUUGGUCAUAGACUACCAAUUACCUGACGAUGUGCAGUACUUGACUGAAGAUGGUGUCAAGACUGCAUUGCUUGAUUUUGUUGUCUUUGGCUUUUCGCAGUGGUUCAGCGGAAAGCGAAUUCAGGAGAUCACUGGUUGGACUACCAAGAGGUCCGAAUUUUCUAAGGACAUUCAUACAUACAGAAAGGCUUUUGAGGCCGCCGACACUCAAGGUCAUCCAGUUGUUGAGAAGUUCGACACCAUCAUUGGACAUUUCUGA